GGUUUGCAUCGAGCAAAACGCGGAAAGAGUGGAGAGUAGAUACCAGAGCACGCGUUACGUUCUUUUGCUGGUUGGUUGGAAGUUGCAGCGACGACGGCUGGUCCGUCUGACUGACCGGAUGAUCGGCGACGGUUCUGCUUGUCCUAUUUAAGCUCGCGUGUCGCCGAGCACCUUCGGCGGCGAUGGAUGGAAAUAAGUACUCCUAGGAAGCGGUGACAUGUUCCUUUUUAGAGCUGCGUCUGACAAAUGGCGGUGCCAUUUGGAGGUCGCCUGCUGUCGCAGCUCUUCCGUUUCAGGCUCUUGUUUUCGUCAUUGCUCCGUCGAUCUCUGUCCCGUUGGGGAGCGGGACCCACGCGCUGCGGAUACGCCGUCGGGCUCGACAGGAUGACGCUGACGGUGAGUGCGUCGUGCGUGCGCCCCUCGCGCACGCACGCUCGCUCUGCUCCACUCGAUAUCGGCAUCAGCGGCAGUAUUGUAUUCGCCUCACCGAAGCCGAAAACCAGAAACAAUCCCACCACGAGCCCCACGAGCCUCGCUCCCGCUCCGCCGUGUCUUCAGCCUGCUAGCAGCUCGCCGCCUACGGGCCGGGGGAUGAAGAUGAUGGAGGGCGCCGUGCUCUGCGCCGCCAACCACGCGCCGCUCACGCCCCUCUCUUUUCUGGAGCGCUCCGCGCUCGUCUACCCGGACCGCCCCGCCGUCGUCGCCGCCGCCGGCGACGCGCCGCCCCGGACGUGGCGGGAGACCCGGGCCCGCUGCCUCCGCCUCGCCGCCGCGCUCGCCGGCCUCGGCGUCCGGCGCCGCCACGUGGUCGCCGUGUUCGCGCAGAACGUCCCGGCGAUGUGCGAGCUGCACUUCGCCGUGCCCAUGGCGGGCGCCGUCAUCUGCGCGCUCAACUCGCGCCUCGACGCCGCCAUGGCCUCCGUCCUGCUGCGCCACUCGGAGGCCAGGGUCAUCUUCGUCGACGCCGCGCUGCUCGGCGUCGCGCGGGAGGCCCUCCGCCUCCUGUCCGACGCCGGCGCCACGCCCCCCGUCGUCGUCCUCGUCAGAGAGCUCCUCCACGGCUGCGACGACGACGGAUCAACACCUUCUUUAUCCGGCACGACGGGCACCGAGCACGAGUACGAGGCUCUGGUGAGCGGGGGCGGGUCGCCGGAGUUCGCGGCCCGGUGGCCGGCGGACGAGAACGAGCCGAUCGCGCUCAACUACACGUCGGGCACGACGUCGCGGCCCAAGGGCGUGAUCUACACCCACCGCGGCGCGUACCUCAACAGCCUCGCCGCCGUGCUGCUCAACGACAUGGCGUCCAUGCCGGUGUACCUCUGGACGGUGCCCAUGUUCCACUGCAACGGCUGGUGCAUGGCGUGGGGCGUGGCGGCGCAGGGCGGCACCAACGUCUGCCUCCGCAAGGUCACCGGCGCGGCCAUCUUCGACGCCGUGGCCCGCCACGGGGUCACCCACAUGGGCGGCGCGCCCACGGUGCUGGGCAUGAUCGUGCACGCCGCGCCGGAGGAGAGGCGGCCGCUGCCGCCGGGGAGGAAGGUGGCCGUGAUGACCGGCGGCGCGCCCCCGCCGCCGGCGGUGCUGUUCCGGAUGGAGGAGCUCGGGUUCCUGGUGAUCCACUCGUACGGGCUGACGGAGACGUACGGCCCGGCCACGGUGUGCACGUGGAAGCCCGAGUGGGACGCGCUGCCGGCGGGCGAGCGGGCGGCGAUCAAGGCGCGGCAGGGGCUCCACCACCUGGGCCUGGAGGUGGACGUCAAGGACCCCGCCACCAUGCGCAGCGUCCCCGCCGACGGGGCCACGAUGGGGGAGGUGAUGUUCCGGGGCAACACGGUGAUGAGCGGGUACUACAAGGACGCGGCCGCCACGGCGGAGGCGCUCGCCGGCGGGUGGUUCCGGUCGGGCGACCUGGCGGUGCGGGUCCCCGGGGACGGGUACGUGAAGAUCAGGGACCGGUCCAAGGACAUCAUCAUCUCCGGCGGCGAGAACAUCAGCACCAUCGAGGUGGAGGCGGCGCUGUUCGCGCACCCGGCGGUGGCGGAGGCGGCCGUCGUGGGGCGGCCGGACGAGCACUGGGGGGAGACGCCGUGCGCGUUCGUGGUGGCCAAGAAUGGGGAGAGGGUGGAGCCGGAGGAGGUGGUGGCGUUCUGCCGGGGCAGGCUGCCGCGGUACAUGGCGCCGAGGACGGUGGUGGUCCUGGAGGAGCUGCCCAAGACGGCGACCGGCAAGGUGCAGAAGUUCGCGCUCCGGGACAAGGCCAAGGCCAUGGGCAGCCUCUCCACCAGCAAGCUCUGAAUUACUCUGCUCCUCCCCUAAUCUGUUCUACGGUGAUUGCAAUCCAUGUUUGGUUUGAAAUGAAUAAUUGGAGUGAAUCACAAAACGAAUAAUGAUUCACAAAUCUGUAAAUAUGGUGCCGGUAGCUUUUGUUCGGGCUUCAUAUUCGUAUGUUAUACCCGUGUUUCAUUAUCUUCAUGAUGAUUUUUCUA